AUGAGGCCUACAGUCCGUGACAAGAAGGAGGUUGUUCCACCAAAGCCCUUUCGCAUACUGGAUGCUCCCUUUCUUCGAGAUGACUUCUAUUGCAGUACACUGGCAUACUCAUUUACUUCUGGGAUUCUGGCAGUGGGCCUUGGUCAUAGAGUUUUUCUUUGGUCAGAAGGCCGAGGGGUGGAUUAUCCGCCCUUCCCAGACUUGCACCACUCAAAUUAUGUGACUUCUUUGUCAUUUUCAUCCGAUAUUGGUGGGAGAAGUAUCCUUGCGGUAGCUCGUCGGUCUGGCCAGCUCUCUUUAUGGAGUACCUUUGAAGCGGAUGUUCGGUUCGAGAUCAGUCAUCCCAACAGCAUUGCAUGCGUGGCAUUCAAGCAGAAAACAUCUCGGAGACCUUCUGAACGAUUCAUCCAUAAGGAAGUUGAGACGGAAGAGCUAGCCGCUGGUGAUGAUUUUGGCAACGUUUGGUACUACUCAGUGGAGUGGCCAGACGCCAAGGACAGAGCCGAGUGGAAAUGGAACGGAUCCAUGACUCUACUUGCCAAGAUUUGUGCUCAUACCCAGCAGAUCUGUGGACUGGCCUGGUCACCCGAUGACAGAUAUUUGGCCACGGGCGGUAAUGACAAUACCUGUCUCUUGUUUGAAAUGGGCGAGAUCGUCCCAAUACAGCCUUUGGACCACGCAGGCUCACCCGUGACGCCGCCUGAUUCUCCAAGUCAGUUCAGCCUCGGCGCCUUUCCGUACCUCGCCCUGGGUACAGCUACAAGACGACUGUUCCGUAGACAGACUGCUAUGAAUCACUUUUUCCCAUCAUGGGUCAAUCCUCCUCCUAUAAGACCCCAAGUCACAACUCCGCUCUUGAGCAACGCGGGAACACUGAUUUCUGGAAGUGGACGCACAAUUCUGGUCCCUUACAAUCGUCAAAAGCAUCGCCUCCUGCAUUCAGCGGCUGUCAAGGCAAUUGCUUUCGCGCCAUGGCAAUCAUCUCUUCUCGCAACCGGAGGAGGCACGAAUGACCGCGCCAUCCACUUCUAUCACACCCGGAGCGGAGCCUGUUUAGCAACAAUCAACGUAUUUGCCCAGGUUACCAGUCUGAUCUGGAGUCAAACUCGACGCGAGAUCGCUGCUACUUUCGGUUAUUCACAGCCCGAUCACCCAUUCCGAAUCGCCGUCUUCGCCUGGCCCAGCUGCGCACAGAUAGCUGUCAUUCCAUGGGGUCCCUAUGGAGCCAGCUGGGAUGGACCUGAUCCACCUGCCAACAUCGAUUGCGGACGAGCUCUGUGGGCAGUUCGAUACCCAGGAAGGCUCCACCACCCACCCAGUGUUUUGUUGGACAGACCAGAUACUUCGUCUUCUUCACGGUCACCUUCAUUGGGGCGCUCACGAUCUCCGGCUCGAGAAUUCCGGGCUCGCGGGCGCAGGACGGAGUCACGGAUGGUGAGUCCAAAGGAGAAAGAGGGUGGAAUGUGGUGUACGCGAACUAUGGAAGAGGGAUGUAUCAUUGUGGCGUCUAGUGAUCAGACUGUCAAGUUUCAUGAGGUUUGGACUGGAAGGCGGACAACCACUGGCUCUGCUUGUGGGCUUUUGGGAGGCAGCGAUAUCCUUGAGGGCAUGGAGGGCAUUGAGAAGUCUGGUGGAGAAGUCAUUCGCUAG